AUGGAGACGGCGAAGAAACAGAGGGCUGUGCAACGUACGCUUUUUACUAAGAAUUUGAAUAACUUUUCGGCUAAAUGUAGUAAUGCGACUAUUUCUCUGGAAGAACGGCAAGUUGCUUUGCAAAUGCUUGAAUCGAGAAUGCAAGAGCUUGAGCUUGCUAAUACGAAAUACGUCGAUCUAUUAUCAGAAACGGCCGCCGACGAAAAGGUUAUUGAAGCAGAGAUGGAGGCUCACGACACGUACAAGCAAAAAUUUUUGGAAUCGAAGUUGGGUUUCUUGAGCCACAUUAAUACAAACACUCGACAAGAUACAGAUUCUAACCAAACAACAGUUCAAAGUGAAAAACCGUUUAAACGGCCAUUUUUGAAAGUCACGAAAUACAGUGGUAGCGUGAGUACAUGGUUGCAGUUCUGGUCGCAUUUCCGGAAAAUACACGAAGACACGUCUGUUUCCAAGGAAGACAAGCUAGAAUAUUUGAAACAGAUGAUGGAAGAAGGUUCGAAAGCGGAAAAUAUAGUUAACGGGUUUCCGACAACGGCCGAAAAUUACGACAAAGCCUUCGAGAGUCUCAAAAAUCGUUUCGGUCGAGACGAUUUACUCAUCGAGUUUUAUACGCGAGAGCUACUUUCGCUCGCGCUUCAAAAUGCGACAAACAAGGGAAAACAUGUGAAUGUUUCAACGAUUUACGACAAGAUAUCGGCACACAUCCGUGCCCUUGAGACGCUUGGCGUAAAAACAAAUAAUUGCGCGACCAUGCUUUAUCCACUGGUCGAAUCGUCGCUGCCAGAGGAGAUUCUUAGAACGUGGCAGCGCUCGCCGCUGAGUUCUGGGAUAGACAACGGAGGAGUGGAAAGCGGCGAAGUUCCGAAUCGUCUAACGCGACUUCUCCAGUUCCUGAAAGCAGAGGUCAGUGAUGAAGAGAGAAUUAACAUGGCGAUCAACGGCUUUACAUCCCAAGUUCCUGUAGAGAAGAAAAAUAUGGACAAGGGUAAGGAGAAGGUCAAUUCAUCGGUGGAGCAGCCGAGUGCCAGCGCAUUGUUUUCGGGUGAGAGUAAACGAAAGAGAUGUAUUUUUUGGGGUAACGACCACGAAAACGCGAAUUGUGAACGGGCUAAAAAAUUAUCGUAUGAUGAACCAAAAGAUUUCAUUAAAGAAAUGAAGUGCUGUUUUAAAUGUUUGAAACCGAAUCAUCCAGCGAAACUUUGUAAAGUCAAAAUAUCUUGCGCGUGGUGUAACGGUCGUCAUUCGAUACUAACGUGUUCGGGCUUGCGUCGUCCUGCGGACAGCGCGAGUACGGGUAAAAGUGAAUCAUCGGACAAAAAAAAACGUAGAACAAAAUCUCGCGAGUUUCGUUGA